CACCACGUCAAUAGACUUUGCUUUGUGUGCACAACGCGACGAACAAGGAAGACGGGGACGAUCGCUGAAAACAAUAAUUCGUGCAUAAUCUUAUCAUUUUACUAUACAUUUUGAUUGCAUUUUUAUCAUAUAUUAAGUAAGGUGACAUUUUUAAACGAUCCCACUUUUCGCCGGUGCAACAAUUCAAAUACAUUUUAAACAUAUCAAAGAUGUCCGAAGCUCAGAUUUGCGAUAUUAGCUCAGAGGUAAAGGAGGAAAUCAGCAAGUUUCGAUUCCGUCGAAAUGCGAGCAACACAGCACUAAUUUUAAAAAUUGAUCGGGAAAAGCAACUGGUUACGGUGGAUGAGCUGUUGGACGACAUCACCGUUGAAGAACUGCAGGAGCAACUGCCGAGCCAUCAGCCGCGUUAUAUUAUCUAUAGUUACAAGAUGGUUCACGACGAUUCACGAAUAUCAUACCCGAUGUGUUUUAUCUUCUAUACUCCACGCGAUAGCCAGAUGGAAUUGUGUAUGCUGUAUGCUAAAACUCGAAUGGCUCUACAACGGGAAGCUGAUCUUACUAGAUACUAUGAAAUUCGUGAACUAGACGACAUGACCGAAGACUGGCUGAAGGAAAAGUUAAGAUAAAAUUCAGGGAUUUGGAAUAGACCAAUCAUUGAAGCCAAAAGUCGCCAAGCAUGCAUUAUCUAUAGAUUUUAAAUUUUCUAUGCUACGAAAAUCCCUUUUGGACGAGAUUUUAGAUGUGGGCUCUAAGAUGUACAUAGUGCCACUUAUUUCAUUUAGCACAUAGCAUUGCUAUCAAGACAAACUGUAUAGAAUGGAAGUAUUUCGAGUUUUUCAAUUUUGUUAUGUCGCUUAGAAAUUACGUUAGCAUGUAUGAAUAUAUCAAAUAUGUAUUUUGAAGUCCACCGAUAAAUACCGCAAUAUUGAUUUCUUAUAUUUUAUUAUAAUUCAAAGCUACAUUUCAUAUUUGAAAAACAAAACUAUGUUAAUUUUUUUCGCAAUAUUCUAUUUAGCAUUUUCGUCUAAUAACGGCAUUUGACAGUAGUUGGAGAGAAAUAGAGUUAGUAACGUCUUCAUUUGAAUACGAAGUUACACUAAAAGGCGAACUCGUACAAAUAUCGUAGAGCAUAAUAUAAAUUCAAACAAUCAUUUUUAUGCAACUUUCGUGCUGAUAAGAUCAUUACACAUAGACUUUUGAUAUUUGGUUUAAAGACUUUUUAUUAAUAUUGAUUUCAAACGAACAGAGUGUAGAAAUGCUAGUUUCUGUCAUUCCGUGGAGUACAAAUGAAAAUUUUAUACUGCAUGAAAAUUGUUCAAAUACUAAUUAUGUUUGAGAAAUGUGCGGUAUUUUUUUUAAUAGCAACAGUUUUUAACAAAAACCAGUAUGUUUAUUGAAGCGGUUAUUCAAAGCGAGAUUUGCUCAGCACCAUAAAAAAUUUCGUUAUGACACGACAUGGAAAUAACGUAGAAUAAGUUAUUGAAUAAUUUGUAUACCCAACUAUUCCACGUAAGACGUAAUCGAAUCGGAUACAGGAUUAUUUUGUGUGAAACUUUCGAAGUACAAGAUAGUACGUAUAUUGAAUUACUUAGUAGUGGUUAUGAAAAAAUAAGCCGAAUAGGAAUCAUAUACAUUUGCAGCAUAAUAAAGGCUGAUGAAUAUCUA